AUGAAGAAAUCUGCUGCUAUGGCAGCCCUGGAAGGCCGCACUCUACUGACUGCCAGUGGGGCCCGAGAAGAAGGGGAGAAGGAGGGAGAAGAUGGAGGGCGAGAAGAAGACGUGGGGAGGAACCCGAAUCGAGGACGAGAUGGAGACGCGGAUGCUGUUCUGCCCAUUUGUACUCGGGGAGGGCUACUUGCGGCGUCAGUGAACGGAAUGGAGGAAAGACAUCCAGGAGGGGAGGCAGAAGACAGGAAACGUCAACUGGACGCUCGGGAACGGGACACCCCAGGACGGCAAGGUGCAGGAGAAGCGAAAGGCGACGGCAGGAAGAGGGAAAGCCUGGAUGCGCAGAGAGAUACAAGCGUGCAGAUCAGCGAAUCAGAGGAUUCGCCUGACGCUUCUGCCGCCCACAUUGGUGUGACCGCCAGCAGGGGGUCGGGACGAGGCGACUCGGGUGUAUGUACACCGCUUACACAGGCGGGACACGGUGGCACAGGCGACGGCGACGAAUCCCCAGAAGAACGAGGAGGCCGGAUAGACGCCGAAGAAGCCCUGGACGCAGCUGAGAGAACGCGGUUCUCCGGUGUACAGGCAAGGGAGAAGGAAAGAGACACGGGCGACACAAACGACGCAGGAGAGAAGUCACGACAUUUCGUCUCACCUGGACUGACAUCGGAAAAGCGACAGGAAGAGGGACGCGGGGCAGCAGACGUCGAACAUGUCCUCGGAAGCAGGCGAUCCCGGCACGAGAUCUCUCCUCAGGUUUCCACGCCUCCUUCCUCGGGCCACACGUCUCUUCUCUCUUCGCCUUGUCCUUCGUCUUUGCCUUCUCUUUCUUCUUCGCCUUCCCCUUCUUCUUCGCCUUCUCUUUCUUCGUCCUCGCCCUCGUUACCCUGUCUUUCCUCUGCACAUCCCGCCGCUGCUUCUUCUGGGAGCCUCUCAGGUGAAGACGUGGCGCAGGUUGUCGAACGUCUGCGGAGAGAGAAGGCGGAGGCGACGGAGAUUUUCGCGGAGACAGUUUCGCGCUACGACGAAGAAAUCCGUUUCCUUAGAGCGCAGCUGGCUGCGUGUGGCGGGCCGCAGCGGGCGCCCCAGCCGCAUGCGUCUUCGAAAUCGGAGGGUUCCCUCCCUCGACACCGUUCUGCGUCUUCUUUCUCGUUUGUCUUCUCGUCCUUCCAAUCGUCUGGGCGGUCCCCGGUAAGGGAACGAGAAAGACCGCGCACCGGCGACAGCUCCGCUCUCUUUCCCCGUUACGCGUCCUACGGGAGGCGGCGCCGGGACAAGAGCACCUCAUCGCUCUCUUCACCGCCCUCUUCCUUGUCGCUUCCGGGUGUCUCUUCGAGCAGUCCACUUGCGUCUCUCGACGAGGCUGCCCCGUCCUCCGCGUUGUUGCGCAUGUCAGGGGAUGAAGGAAACGUACCGAUUGCAGAGAAGCUCGUGGAAAGCGAUCGUUCGCGGAGCCUCCCCAACGGGCCUCCAGCUGGGGAGACAGCUCUGCCUCCGCUGCCGAUUUCCACAGGGGGCAACAUCUUGCUCGAGAAGGGAGAAGAGAAGAAGGAAGAUGGAGCCGGCGCAGGGAAUGAGGCCGCAUCGCAUGCAUCCCGGACCGGAAUUCCCUUCUCCACCCUUACAGAGAAGACCCGAUUUCCUUUCGCCUCUGGAAUUCGGACAAGUGGAAGCAAAAGUGGGAUCACAGCAUUCGCGAUAUCGCCUCGACACGGCCAAGCGAAUGUGGUCUCCGUAGCCUCGCCGUGGCGCGAGGAAGCAGCCUCAGCGGCCGCUCUCAGGUGUACAUACACCGCAGAGGGUAGGGGUUUGGAGGAGGGUUGCCGUCCUGACGCAGUGGGAGGCGCCGCAGGCGCCUCACCCGAACGGAAAACUGGGGAGGGGCGCGGCGCAGGCGAGCUCCGGAUAGAACCGCCGGAGUGUACAGACACCUCGCACGGCGGGCGGCUGAAGCAGUUGGGAGAGCGAAGACCCGGCAAGGACGAGUCCAGCCCGAAGGCGUCGCUGCAUCGCGUGGCGAGCCGCAUUGCGGCCACGAGUGUCGCAAAGAAACUCUAUGGGAUGGGCCGGCUCGCUUCCAGCCUGCACCACAGCUCCUCGCAUGCGCCAGAGCCCAAGUCCUCCACGCCUUCCGCGUCUCCAUCGUUCUUAGCGGCGGCGGGAUUCGCGCUGGGGACGGAGAAGGAAGAGUCGCCCUUCAGCGUAGGCAGCACGAACUCGUACACGCCUCUCCCUGCCAAUGCCCCUGUCGAGACAGGCGCCUGCACGGCGUCCGUGGAAGCCCCUGGAGAGGCAACGGGGACUCCGGCUUCGGCAACCUCGACACGACAGGACGUGGCCAGCUCUUCGAGGUUUUUUCAAGAUGGUGUCUCCGCGGCGGCGGCGUCGCGAAACCCGCUCGCAGAGGCGGCGCGUGCAGAGGCGUGCGGAGAAGCGGAAAGAGCCCGGACAGAAGAGGCAGAAGAGAGGCCUGUUCCUGCUCCCGAGACGGGAGAGGCCGCCGACAAAGAGGACUCCGUGUUCUCGCGGUCUGCCGUCUCGAAGAAAGACAGGCGAAUCUCGCUCGGAGCCGGCUUCGCUCGGUUCGCGAGUGGCGCGGUGGCCACUGCCCCAGCCGGCCCGCCGCUGGCUCGGAGUCAAACAAGCACCGCGGCGCUCACCAGUGGAGAGAAAGCCGACAGCAGUGUAAGCAUGGGCGUGAGUCGAUCUUGGCGAGCGCUCCUCUUCAGCCGAGACAAGACCUCAACGCACUCUUCCUCUUCUUCCUCUUCUUCUUCCUCUUCUUCUUCCUCUUCUUCUUCCUCUUCGUUGGCAUCGUUUGCUUCUUCCUCUGUUUUGUCCUCGCGUGGAGGGACGUCGGGGGGGAAGGGGCGCGAGAAGCGCGAGGAGGGCCUUGGCGCCUCGACGGGUCGGGAAACAGGCCAGCUGUACCUGCCGAGCAGCCUUCGCUUCCGCAGCAAAGGCGCGAAGGAGAGUCGCCUCGCGGCGGCGACUGCGCGACGGCCCGCCGUGGACGCCGUGGAUCCGAGCGUGCUGUCGGCGGCCACGUGGAUUGACGUGAUCCUUCCCGACUGGAACAGCCAGCGGGGGUCCGCGCUCUUCUCCCGGCUCCUCCAUGCAGGCGUCCCGACGGAAGUUCGCGGCGAAGUGUGGAAGAAGGCGGUUGGAGACCAGCUGCUGAUCACCCCCCGGCUCUAUGAGAUUCUCCUCAGCCGCGUGCAACACGUGCGGAGCUACCUCGUACGCACGAACCGCCGCUAUCGAGACCGGAUCGCCGAAACCAUGAGGACCGACGAAGAGAGAGAUCAAGAAGAGCGAGAUCAGGAAGCGCGAAAAGAGAAGACCGAGAAGGAAAAGAACGAGGGAGACGCGCGUGGACGCGACAGAGACGCCGGGGCGCCGACGGAGAAGGCGGGAGAGGAGGGAAAUGGCAGGCGAAGCCGGGAGUGCUGUCCAUGCUGCCGACACGGGGCAGCGAGAGAGAGCCCGGGCGAGAGAGAAGAGAGCACACGCAGUCCCGUGGCACGCAGGUUGCCUUCGCGAAGCGACCAAGACAACCCAAAGCUCCACGUGGACGGCCCGGCUAGUAAGAAUCGACCCUCGUCUGUUUCGGGGUCCGAAGAAACGCGCUCGGCUUCCCUCGCUCCACAGACGUGCUGUUGCUGCUGCGUAACCUGCGGAGGGUGCAAGCUCUCGGCGUCGGAGCCCGUGUCGGCCUCCGCCGCGCCUGCGUCUUUCUCCACAUGCCCGUGCGGAUUCUUCAACUGGGAACCUGGCGUCUUCUCCGCCUUCCAAACCAUCGCGAUGGACCUCCACCGCACGCUGCCUCGCCUCGGCGCGUGUCGGACGCGCGUUUCGCGCCCUGCUCGGGAAGAGAACAGACGCGGAGGUGUCGAGACACCUGAAGCACUUGCUGGCAAGACGGAAAACCAGCCCGGCCGCGAAGGCGGAAAAACUGAGCGUGGCGAGGAGACAGAGGCGCGGGAGACAAUGGAAAGCGAGGCAGAGGUGGAGAAGGAGUCAAUGGAGACAGAAGUGAAGGCGGAAGAGAUGGUAGAGACGAGGGGAGAAACGAAUCGAGAGGUGGGCGGCGCAGGAGAGAACGCCCCCGGAGACGAGGUACAAGGAGACCAGGGGAAGGCGAGACGGAUAGGGGAGAGUCGAAACGAGGAGCGAACCGGGACGGAAAACGACGAAGAUGGUAACAGCAAAGAAGAAGGACAAACAUUGAACUUGGCGACUAGUGAGAGCCGCCCCGUCGCGGGGGUGUCUGGGAAAGAGGAAUACAUCGAAGAGGCGAAAGAGGAAGAUGCGGCUUCACUCCAAAAAGGCAACGACCGACAGUCUGCAAAGAAGCCAUCACAAGAAGAAGACAGAGAGGACACCAGGGAGAGAUUUGCCGGCUCCGUGCGCAGAGGCUCACCCUCAAAAUCAAAUUUCGUUACUGUCCAACGACCAGGCUAUUGUAAUCCGCCUUCUUCGUCCUCUUCUUCUUCCUCUUCUUCUUCUUCCUCUUCUUCUUCCUCUUCUUCCUCCUCUUGUUCUUCUUCCUCCUCUUCUUCGUCCUUCUCUUCCUCGUCUGCCUCUUCUUCGCGAUCAAGAUCGAAGUCGAGAGAGCGCGUCGACACGCAGGCAGUGCAGCCGCUUCCGUUCUGCGUCCCGGCGAGCCACAUGAUGUACGAGUAUCUGCGCUGCGUGUUGGAGGCUUACGCGGUGUUUCGGCCGGAUGUCGGCUACGUCCAGGGCAUGGCGUAUCUCGCUGGCGCGUUCCUGCUCUACAUGGAUGAGUAUUCCACCUUUGUCUGUCUGAGCAACCUGCUGCUCAGGAAGUCGCUGCAUGCGUUCUACACCUUUGACAUGGCAGUCGUGGGGCUGUACUUUCGAACUUUCGACGCACUUCUCGCCGAGAAACUCCCCAGAACUGCUGCACAUUUUGAGGCCUUGGGCAUCAGCAGCGACAUGUUCCUCAUCGAGUGGAUGUACACCCUGUUCACGAGGUGUUUGCCGUUUGAACUCGUCAGUCGCGUCUGGGACUUCUUCCUCGUUGAGGGCGACAUCGUCCUCUUCCAGGCUUCUCUCGCGAUUCUCGCCUACUUCCAAGACGAGCUGCUCAGCGGCAGCCUGGACGAGUGCAUGGCUGUCUUGUCUUCUUCGACGACAACGCACUUCCAGGCGAUGGAGGCUCUCCGACGCGAGCUUCGGCUCGCCCCCAUAACUGCUUCCAUCUUCACAGUCGCUGCGACUCUUCUACCGUUCUGA